AACGUCGGGACGCCCAUGAGUCGCCUUGGGGCUUCGCCCGCACGGUUUGCCGGCUCGCGGGUCCUCCAGUCGGUGACGUCAUGCCUCCCACCCCUCCCCCAGAGAUGGCUCCCCUCCCCCUCCCACCAGGUCACAGUCGUGUCACCGCAGCCAUCCACUGCCGCCGCCAGCUCCAGUACUCCCUGCUCCGUCAUGGCUGCCACCCGCUUCGUGCUGCUUACCGCGCUGCUCGCUCUGCACCUCGCCGCCGUGCACCAGGCUCUCGCCGCACCCCAGGGACCGCUGCGCGUGCGCAGGCAACUAGCGGACGACAAUACUCUGCAGCCCCUCGAUCGUGGCGCUAUGUGGAAGCUCCCGGCAGCGAACAUGGGUCACACGAGUACGCUCCUAACGCCCACGCCGCCCAGCUCCGACUGGUCCAGCCGUCUGAGCAACCGUUCGCCCACAGUGCAAUCACAGCUGUCCCCGAAAAUGGCGGACACCAUCACGCCGUCACGUUCACGAAUCAGCCAGACUCAAUCAGGUACUCGGGGCAAUCCGACCCCGCCGGGUACACGGGUCGACCUGAGUUCCUUGGAUACGAGGAGCGGCCUGUCUCCGUCGGAUACUCGAGCCAGUCAGAGAACUUCGGCUACAGGUCGGCGAUCGUUCAGAGGAGGGGCGUCACGAGAGGUGCGUCAGGUGAAGAAGGACGACGACAUCCCGGUGUUCGAUCGGAACAAGGUCAGCCUGGACUUCCCCGGGAACCUGUUUGGACCGUCCGUGUCGCUGCUGAUCCGAACCACUAAGAUUGUCGGUGAUGUCAUACAGAAUUCAGCAGUACGAUAUCAAUCCUUCUUAAGACUUUUCCGGCCUCUCUUUCGUGGUCCCUUCGAAAUCAAAGGACUGGAUCCCCCCACCACAACAACUAAAACAACUACAACGAAAACCACCACCACCACCACCACAUCUGUUCCAGCAACAGACAACGAAGUCCGUCGAUAGGAAUAGUUUCGAUGGCAUUCUUUUGUACAUUGUAUCAAAUCACAAUUCAUCAAAAUAUGUUUUCCUAAGACUUUAAUUCGUUUUUCUAUUUGCUCAGGUGACAAUUCAAUCUGUAUUUCUUGGUGCCAUUUAGUAAUCAUAUAUGAUAAUUUUAUGUUAUAAGUUUCUUAUUUGUAAUACAUCUACAACUGAGAAUAACUUCUUUCAAGAUACAAGAUUCCAUAAUAUUCAUCUAGAUUUUUAUCUGUUUAAUUUUAAUAGAAUAAUAUUGUAAGUUGUAGUUAUGUCUAUCAAAGGAAGCAGUGUCUACGUGAUGAAAAGGUUCGUAGUGUGACAUGACAAAACUUAUAAGUUUGUAAUUGUUAUAAAUAUUAUCUUUAUAUGGUAGAACUUUACAUAAAAUGUCUUGCGGUUGUAUUUGAACUCCAUAGAUGUUAAAGAGUAAAUUUAUCCUGGAACAGAUAUAAGUCUUCAGGAAAGAAUAGGAAAAGACAAAUAGUCUUGUAAUUUGACUGAAUUUGCUUGUAAAAUAAGCUUUACUGUAAAGUCUUUAAGAGGUGUAUUUGAGUCUAAACAAUAUUAUUUGUGAUGCCUACUGCUGAUAUUCUUUUAUGUGUGAAAGUGGUUGCAUAAAGUCAAUUAAAUGGAGCUAUUCUAAUUUAACAGUUAUUUUUCGGAUUAAUAUUUUAUUUUAGUGUCACAAAGAUGACUUGUUAUUGGAAAAGUAGUCAGUGGAAUGUAUAUUAUGUUAAAUAAUAUACUAAAUAAGUCUAAAGUAAGGGGGGAGAGGGGAGGGGGGCGCUUUCUAA